CCAGCUCGAGUGCUCCGUUGACGAUUGAGGCAAAAGCCCCGGCGCGUAAAGAUUUGUAUCUUGAUUCAGAAAUAAAUUUUUAUCGGUGCAAUUCAAUUCUUUGAAUAAGAUUUUUCUGAUAAUUUAAAAUAAGAAGAGCUUUGAUUUGCGAUCGAAAAUCUAUCUUUGAAAAAAUGUCCAACUACACUUAAUAUUUACAUAUAAUAUACAAUACCGAUUUUCUACUUUACGACCGAGACAAUCAGUGAAGAUGUUUCGUAACGACAGAGAUAUGUCGGAGGUGAAGUAUAGCAUCGCACACGCACAAGCCACAAAAUGGAAACUGGAACAAGGAACGUUCGUCAAAGCGUUUGGCGAGCUACUCGGCACGGGUUUUCUGCUCUUCAUCGGAUGCCUCACGGAUGUCGGUAGCAUGACCGUAAAUCCGCGACCGGAGCAUCUCACUGCGUUCAAUAUGGGUCUUGUAGUGAACACUAUCAUCAUGAUGCUGGGUCACAUAAGUGGCGCAUAUAUAAACCCCGCGAUGACCAUUGGCGCCAUGAUAUGCGGCUACAGAAGCGUACCGACUGGCAUGAUCCUCAUCAUCGGUGAGAUAGUCGGUGCGGUCUUGGGAUAUGGACUCCUAGUGGCAGUGACACCCCUGACCCUGAGGAAUACGGGGUAUUCCGUGUCCGGCGGAGUGUGUCUCACCUUGGUUUACCCGGAGCUUUCUUCCUUCCAGGGGCUGAUAGUGGAAAUAGUCUCGACUAUCGCAUUAAUGAUGGUAAACUGCGCGGCUUGGGACUCGAGGAACACUCAUAAUUCAGACUCCACUUCACUGAGGAUCGGGUUCGCGGUGACCGCCCUCUCGGUUGCCGGCGUUCCGUACACGGGUUGCAGUAUGAACCCAGCGAGGAGCUUCGCCCCCGCUCUUUGGAACAACAAUUGGACCAGUCACUGGGUAUACUGGAUCGGCCCUGUGAUUGGUGCCGUUAUCGGCAGCUUGACCUACACCAUCAUCUUCAAAGACAGAACGUCAAAGUCUUCAGAAGACACGAGGGACUGAGGGCCUUCAGGGCUGACCAUCGGAAGAGCGAUCGUGUAG